AUGUCUACCCCUGGGAAAUCCCAAGACGACUUGGCCGGAACCUGGCUAGGUCAUCGAGGUCCUGCCGCUUUUGACCUUAGAAGCGAUGUUAUGACAACUUCAACUCCGGCUAUGCUGUUCGCUGUUCAGCAAACGACGUUUUUGGACGACGUCUAUCAGGAGGACACAACCACCCUCGACCUGGAAGCCCAUGUAGCCUCGCUAACAGGUAAGGAGGCUGCCCUAUUUGUGCUCUCCGGCACCAUGGGGAACCAAAUCUCCCUGCGUACGUUGCUCACUCAGCCUCCCCAUGGCGUGCUGGCUGACCACCGUUCUCAUAUUAUUGUAUACGAGGCUGGAGGCGUUUCGUCUCUGUCUGGCGCUAUGAUUACUCCCGUAGUGCCUAGCAAUGGCGUAUAUUUGACGCUAGAGGACAUCAAGUCCAACAUUGUGCUUGGAGACGACGUGCAUUCCUGCCCGACACGCGUCAUCAGCCUCGAAAAUACACUGGACGGUUUGAUCACGCCCUUGGACGAGGUGAGAAGGAUCUCAGAGUUCGCGCGGGAGAAUGACAUACGCAUGCACUGCGACGGUGCCAGGCUAUGGGAGGUAGUAGCCUCCGGCGCUGGUUCGCUCCAGGACUACUGCCAAUACUUUGACACUGUUUCUCUAUGCUUCUCCAAGGGCUUGGGGGCUCCGAUCGGAAGCAUAAUUGUCGGCAGCAAACCCCUCAUCAAGCACGCUAGAUGGGUGCGAAAGGCUAUUGGAGGCGGCCUGCAUAAAUCCGGUGUCGUCACGGCCGCAGCUAGGGUAGCGGUCGAUGUCACCUUCGGGAAAGGACCGAAUGGCGAGGGUGGGCUCCUGCAGGGCACGCACGCGACUGCCAAGCGCGUCGAGAAGAUGUGGACAGAUUUAGGUGGUAGGGUGCUAGUUCCCGUCCAGACGAACAUGAUCUGGCUCGAUUUAAGAUCUUUAAACUCCAGCAUACCUAGAUUUAUCGAGUUGGCUAAGGAAGCCGGCUUAAAAGUUAACGGUCAACGCAUCAUAACGCAUUACCAGAUCGGCGAGGAAGCUAUCCAAAGACUGGGAGGCGUCUUUGAGAAAUUGGCAGCUGAGAAAGGGGCUGGCGACCCAAACGGGAAUCAAGAGGAGGCAGAACACCGAGGCAUUUAUGGAAAUAAUUCUUAA